UUUAAAUCCAUCCGCCUGGUUGCUAGGCAACAGUGCGGCCCGCGCUGGAACUGCACUGCAGAGGCUCUGCCCCGGGCCAGCCUGGCCCGGUCGCAGUGGCUAGCACUGAACAAGGGGCUGCCGCCUGUCGGUGGUGGCCGGUUUCGGGGAAGAGUGGACAGGGCUCUCCAGACUGCACCCGCGCUUUCAGGAAAUCAAAGUGGUGCCCAACGAAAUGGAUGCUAGACGAAAGCACUGGAAAGACAAUAAGUUAACUCCUGUUUUAAAUGAGCAUGGUGUCCUAGAAGAUGCUGCUCCUCUUCCGUCUUUCUCUGAAGAAACAUCUUCAGACAAAUCCUGGAGGAUGGGGAGAGUUUCUAACUUUUCCAGUAGAAAUGCUCAAGAAGGAAAUAAAUGUACGAGGAAGGACUAUUAUUCCCAGAUAGCGGAAAGAGACCAAGACCCCAAUUUAAGAGAGACAAGGAUAAACGCAUCAAAGAAUGUAGCAAAUGCAAAUUCUGUCUUCUGGGACUUUCUCGAUCUGGACGGUGCUACCAAGGAAAGUUCUCACAACAGGGAGAGCGCCUCUGCGUGGACUGAGAAGGAAUUGUCAGCGGCAGCACAAGUCAGCAAGAAGAAAUGGACCGAAGCAAUGCCUCCCAAACUCCGCCUGCACCUCCUGAAUGAAGAGCUGGGAGAACUUAACCUCAAAUGCCGGGAGAUCGAAGAGGAUUUUGAAAAUGCCGAAAAAGAACUUUUGAAUUCUCGAAAGGAAACCUCGAGGAGAUAUGUCAGUUUCCAAGAAACAGCUGCUUCAAAGAAUGACUGGGAACUGCAAGCUUUAAAAAACGACCUGACUGAAAAAGCGACAAACGUAAAAAACUUAACCAAAGAGCUCCAGCAAGCCAAAGAAGUCAUGUACAGGCUGAAUCUAGAGAACAGAGACUUGAAAGACUCUGUCAAGAAACUGAAGCGUCAAACUGAACUCAGCACAGCGCUCCUCAGAGAAGAGAUGAAGUUGUUUUAUGAGCUGGAAAUGGAAAAGAUCCACGUAGAGCUGGGUGCCAUCAAGAGUGAGCUGAGAGCUGAGAAGAGCCUGCGAGCGAAGAACAGCAGAGCCCUGGAGUUGCUUGGAAGACACGUGGCUUCUGUGGUAAGGUCAUCGCGUACUGCUGACCACUUUACUGGGAAUGAUCUUUAAACAUAAGGGGGGAGAAAGCCUUUCACUGGGCAAGCCAUUGAGCCAAAUCGAUGUUUAUCGUACUAUGUCUUUGUGUACUUGAUAGCAUACAGUCUUUGCGGUGAGUCAUGUUAACUUUGAAGCGUCUGUGUUCUCUUUCGUUUUGAGAAUCCGAAUGGAAACUUCUGAAAUCUCUUUUAUAUGGGUGCCUAUAUAAUAUUACUAAAACAAAACAAGGACAAAAACACAAACGGAUUUACCAAAUCAUGGAUGAACCCAAGUCAUCAGCCUCAUUGUAUGAUCUUGUUAGCCAUGUCCUUGGCACAUGAAUGUU